AUGGCUAUCAUUACAGCGGUUUUCCCUGAUGCUGCAUUUCACUAUAUUUUCUAUGCAGUUCCUCUUCUACUCCUACUUUACCUUGCCCAUAAUUAUUUCUACAAUUCGCUAAACCUCUUUCCUGGCCCUUUCUGGGCGCACCUGACUGAUAUUUGGCGGUAUAUCGAUGUGAAGGGUCGACGCCCUGAGCUUACGCAUAUAGCCUUGCAUCGCAAGUAUGGCGAUAUCGUGCGCCUUGGGCCACGCACUUUGUCUUUCGCAGAUCCAAAGGCAGCGAAGGUGAUCUACGGUCUAAACAAAGGAUUCACCAAGUCCGAGUUUUACCCAGUACAAAUGACUGUUUCUAAAGGCGAGCCAUUGCCAUCGCUGUUCUCUACUCUAGAUGAGAGCUUCCAUGCGAAUCUCCGCCGGUCUGUCAAUCAUGCGUUCUCAAUGAGCUCUUUAGUACAGUAUGAGCCAAUGGUCGAUGAGACUACGAAAAUUUUCCUCGACCAAACGGACCGCCUCUUUGCUGAUGGAGCCACAGUGUGCGAUUUCGCACGAUGGCUGCAAUUCUUCGCCUUUGACGUUAUUGGAAGCAUUACAUAUAGCAAACGGCACGGGUUCAUUGAGAAAAACGAAGACAUCGAUGGCAUCAUCAAUUCCCUGGCAAAUAUCUUCGAUUACGCUGCCCCUGUUGGUCAGAUGCCGUGGCUAGAUAAGCUAUUUUGGAAGAAUCCGAUAUUUGACUUCCUUCAAAAAUUGGGCUUAUCAGAUAAUUCACACCCUGUGGCCAUCUUCGCAAAGCACCGCAUGGAAGAACGUCUGUCAGUAAAGGCUGGCUUAGCAGACCCGGGAUCAAAGGAUGAUCUUCUCACCAUGUUCCUCAAGGCGGGUGACCUUCGUCCAGAUUUCAUGACGAACAAACGGAUCCUUACAAUGGCUGUCUCUAUGGCCUUUGCUGGGUCUGAAACAACCGCCAUCAGCAUUGCAGCUGUGUUCUAUUAUCUACUUAAGAACCCGGAGUGCAUGAGACGGGUUAGACAAGAGCUGGACGACGCUGUUGAGAACGGUAUCAUCGUGAACCGCCCAACAGGACUUGUCUCAUGGACAGAGUCGCGGCAGCUGCCCUAUCUCGAUGCCUGCAUAAAGGAAGCUUUCCGUAUGCACCCUGCUGCGGGACUUCCUUUGGAGCGUGUUGUUCCUGCGUCGGGGGUAGAGAUCUCCGGGCAUUUCAUCCGCGGUGGAACAAUCGUUGGCUGCAGCGCCUGGGUUAUUCAUCGCCGGACAGAUAUCUUUGGUCCAGAUUGCGACAUAUACAACCCUGAUCGAUGGCUUACUACUCCACCGGAUCAAUUAAAGGUUAUGGAUGGAAUGAUGCUCCAGUUUGGUGCCGGUUCAAGGACCUGCAUUGGGAAGAAUAUCUCUCUAAUGGAGAUUUAUAAGAUUGUACCCAGCUUUUUGCGGAGAUUUGAGGUACAGCUAGCACACCCUGACCAAGAAUGGAAACUGUGGAAUGCAUGCGCAGCAAACAAAGAACUUGUACAAACGAUAAUCAUCUUCAUCCAAGUUUAUCUUAUUAUGAGUGACAAUCGGGGUCGUGGACGUGGUGAUCGUGGGGGUGACCGUGGCCGUGGCCGUGGUGAUCGAGGUCGCGGUUCCGAUCGAGGCCGUGGUCGCGGGGACAGUCGUGGUGAUUUAGCCCUCCGCCCAGCCGGUAGAGGCGAUGGAAAUCGUGGAGAUUUCCGAGGCCGAGGCGGUGAUAGAGGUCGUGGAGGCGAUCGUGGCAGAGGUGACUUCCGUGGCCGUGGUGAUUUUCGUGGUAGGGGUGAUUUCCGCGGUGGCCGUGGUGGAGGAGGGCGUGGGGGUGCUACAAACUUUGGCCCGCCUAUCUUCAGACAGGGCGAACCAAUCCCACCACCUAACCCCACCGUCACCAAGACCGAGAACGACCUUGCCAAAGCUCUGGUUGUGAGUGGCCAGAAGACCGUCAGACAGGCGAAAUAUCCCGAACGUCCUGGUUACGGCACAGCUGGCAGGCCUGUGACUUUAUAUGCGAACUACCUGCCGUUAAGCCUGCCUAACAAGCAGCUUUUCCGCUACCAUCUUUCCAUUGCAGCCGACUCUGCAGGCCGAUCUGCCCCUGUGGGCAAGAAGGCCCAACACAUCGUGCGUCUGCUGUUGGAGGAGCACUUCCCACAGCAAAAGAACAGCAUUGCCUCGGACUUCCGCUCUACCCUAGUCUCGUGCGUCAAAUUGACCGAGGGUAAAUUCGAUGUGCGAUACAAGGAACACCUGGAUGAUGACUACAUCGAUCCUCCCCGGGUGCACCAGGUUACUUGCCAGUACACUGGUGAGGUCAAUCCUGCCGACUUGGUCAACUACCUGACCUCCACCAAUGCUGGUGCCAUGCUAGAAUCCAAGUCGGAGAUUGUAGCUGCCCUCAACAUGAUCAUGGGGAACCACCCCAAGACGGACGAUCAGGUCGUCUCUGUCGGAGCCAACAGACACUACAGUCUGCGUCAGGAUACCAUGGAAUCGUUCAACCUUGGAGGUGGCCUAUCCGUCCUGCGCGGAUUCUUUGUCAGUGUGCGUGCCGCAACUGCUCGUGUGCUCUUGAACGUCCAGGUCAAAUAUCUGGCAUGUUACAAUAAAGGACCUCUGGUCAAUGUGAUCCAAGACUACGGCAAUAGAAACUCUUACCGCUUGGAAAAGUUCCUCAAGAGCCUCCGCGUUCGCAUCACUCAUAUUUCCCGCAAGAACAGCCGCGGUCAGCCCCGGCCUCGCAUCAGACCUGUCUAUGGCCUGGCUAACCGCGGUGAUGGUGGCUCGGCGCCCAACCCACCCAAGGUUCCCCGCCACGGUGCUGGUCCCCAGGAUGUGCAAUUCUUCCUAGCCGAAUCCAGCCCUCAGCCCGUCGCCGUGCCUGGUGCGCCUGAGCCCAAGGGAAAGAAGGGAAAGAAAGCUCCCAGGGCCGGUCCUGCGGAAGCCGGUCGCUACAUUACCGUUGCGGACUUCUUCAAAAAGGAGUAUAACAUGACUUUGAAUGCGAACCUUCCAGUGGUGAAUGUCGGGUCUCGUGAGAGACCUGUGUAUCUUCCCGUUGAGGUCUGCGAAGUCGAGCCUGGUCAGCCAGCUAAGUCCAAGCUUUCUGGUGAUCAGACAGCCAGUAUGCUCCGCUUCGCCGUUAUGGGCCGAAAGCCGGGUCAGAACGCUCAGUCGAUUGUCACCAAGGGUGUGGGUGUGCUGGGACUAGGCGAGCCAUUGAAUCCCACACUGUCUGCUUUCGGUAUUAACUCUUCCACCCAACUGAUCACGGUUCCUGGGCGCGUUCUCUCCGCCCCAAAUGUCUACUACAAAGACGGAAACAGGACCAAGGAGAUCAGGACUCAAUAUGGCAGCUGGAACAUGCGCCAAAUCCAGUUCUCCAAGGCUGCAUCCAUGAAAUCUUGGACUUACCUCUACGUUGAUCAGGAGGGCUCCCGGCCAGUUUUCCAAAACCCAGCUCAGCUCAACGCGUCUCUGGAAGGCUUCAGAAAGACACUCAGGGAUAUGGGAAUGGCUGUGGACCCCCACAAGCUUGGCAAACGUGUUGUCCUGACCGGCAAGAACGACGCUCACGAUAUUCAGCAAGCCGUCGUCGAUCUGCAGAAACAGCACAACCCCAUCUUCAUUCUGGGUAUACUAUACACUAAAGACACUGGUGUCUACAACUGUGUCAAGCAAGUCUGCGACGUCCGCUGCGGAAUUCGCAACGUGAACGUCCUCGCAGAGAAGCUCAUCAACUCCAACGACCAGUACAAUGCCAAUGUGGGCCUGAAAAUCAACCUCAAACUAGGCGGUGCCAACCAGGCUCUUCGCACCCAGGAUCUCGGCAUAAUCUCCGAAGGCAAAACAAUGCUCGUCGGCAUCGAUGUCACCCACCCUUCGCCGGGCUCCGCCAGCACAGCCCCCAGUGUCGCCGGCAUCGUCGCCUCCGUCGACGCAACCCUCGCCCAGUGGCCUGCCGAGAUCCGUGUCCAAGGCGCCCGCCAGGAAAUGGUCGCCGACCUCGAAACCCUGCUCGCCUCGCGUCUCCUGCACUGGCGCAAACUGAACAGAUCCCUCCCAGAGAACAUCAUCGUCUACCGCGACGGCGUCUCAGAAGGCCAGUACAACAAAGUCAUCGAGGAGGAACUCCCCCUCCUCCAGGAAGCAUGCAAGAAGACGUACCCAGCAGACCAGACCAAGAAAGGCCUCCCACGCCUGGCCAUCGUCGUCGUCGGAAAGCGCCACAACACCCGGUUCUACCCAACAACCGAGCAAGACUCGAACCGCGAGAACCCCAUCCCCGGAACCGUCGUCGACCGCGGCGUCUCCGAGGCCCGCGACUGGGACUUCUUCCUGCAGGCGCACUCCGCCCUCCAGGGCACAGCCCGUCCAGCCCACUACUUCACCGUCUGGGAUGAGAUCUUCUACCCCCGCCACCCAGCUAACAGCACCGGGCCCGGCGCAGCUGAUGUCCUCCAGGACCUCACUCACAAGAUGUGCUACCUGUUCGGCCGUGCCACGAAGGCGGUUAGCGUCUGCCCGCCGGCGUACUAUGCCGAUCUGGUGUGCACCCGUGCCCGCUGCUUCUUGAGUGACCUGUUCGACCCUAUGCCCGUUGAUGCUUCCGGUGGUAGCACCAGUGGCACGGACGGCGCGUUGGAAAUGACUCGCACGCGGGAUGUCGUGAUCCACCCUAACAUUGCAGAGACUAUGUUCUACAUCUAG